AUGAAGGUCAAGCUCACAGGGAAUAGGAAACCACUUUCAGAAUUCACCACUCCCUUAGGAUCCGGAGCAGGAGUUCCCAAGAACAGAAGGCCAAAACCUGUAAAAGACAGUGCUGAAAGGCUCGCUAAACCAUUCAAAGUUCCGUUCAAAAUUGCCUCCAAUGAAGAUGGCUCCAGAUACAACCAACCACAAAGGUCUGCCAGAAAUAAGAAGCAUAACUAUGCCUUGGACCUAGAGAACCCAGAUGAUAUCCCUGUAAAUGAAGAUGGCCACGUGAUACCAGCAAAGAAGAUAGGUGCUUUGAACCCUCGUCAAUUAGUAAGCUUAAAUAGCGAGACACGCUUGAGAGCUGAAUUUGCAGUACCAUUGAAAGACAAAUCUAAGAUCGUGAACUUGCCACCGCCGCCAUUGGGUACAAAACCAAAAGUCAUUCUCCCACCAAGGGCACUCCAUGAUCCCUUAAGUGAAUUUGCCAUUGUCUUGUAUGAUCCAACUGUAGAUGUAAUACCUGGAGAAGAGGAAAAGACAGAGGAACCAAAGCAAGAACUGGAUGACAAUAAAGAGAACAAAGAGCCAGCCACCAAAAAGCGUAAAGUCCACAAAUCUCUUGCAGAAAUAUUGGGGAUCUCCAAAUAUAAGGAUGAUGCCUCUAAACAUCCUAAUGUCCCAGUUGUUAUCGAUCCUAGACUAGCCAAGAUUUUACGUCCUCAUCAGGUUGAAGGGGUGAAGUUCUUAUAUAGAUGCACUUCUGGAUUAAUAGACCCGAAAGCCAAGGGUUGUAUUAUGGCAGAUGAAAUGGGAUUGGGCAAAACAUUGCAGUGCAUAGCACUUAUGUGGACAUUAUUGAAGCAAAGUCCAAGAGGAAGAAAGACGAUCAGCAAGUGCAUCAUUGUUUGUCCCUCAUCUUUGGUUCGUAACUGGGCUAACGAGAUUAUAAAAUGGCUUGGCGAAGGGGUCUUGACACCUUUGGCAAUUGAUGGGAAAAGCGUUAAGAAUUCAGAGAUCGGGGAUAGCUUAAAACAAUGGAGUGUUGCCAGCGGAAGAAAUGUUGUCAGGCCAGUUCUUAUCAUAUCUUAUGAAACUUUAAGACGUCAUGUUGACAAACUAUCAGGAACAGAGGUUGGUUUAAUGCUUGCUGACGAGGGGCAUAGAUUGAAGAAUGGAGAUUCUUUGACAUUUAAUGCUUUGAAUGAAUUGAGAUGUGAAAGAAGGGUUAUACUUUCUGGAACUCCUAUUCAAAAUGACUUGUCUGAGUAUUUCUCUUUAUUGAACUUUUCCAAUCCCAACUAUUUGGGUACUAGAAAUGACUUCAGAAGGAACUACGAAAAUGAUAUUUUGAGAGGUCGUGAUGCAGAUGCCAGCGACAAAGAACGUGAGUCUGGUGAUAAAAAGUUGAAUGAGCUAACUACCCUUGUAUCUAGGUUCAUUAUUAGACGUACAAAUGAUAUUCUAUCAAAGUACUUGCCUAUAAAAUAUGAGCACGUCAUAUUUGUCAACCUAUCACCAUUACAAACAAAAUUGUACAAUUUCUUUAUCACAAGUCCCGAAAUCAAAAAGCUACUCAAAGGCCAUGGGCUGCAACCUUUAAAGGCUAUUGGCCUUUUGAAGAAAUUAUGCAACCAUCCGAAUUUGCUCAACCUUCCCGAGGACUUAGACGGCUGUCAAGAGUUAAUGCCAGAUGACUACGACUAUAAAAAGCGUGAAGUUCAAACGUGGCUAAGUGGUAAAUUUUCAAUACUUGAGAGAUUCCUAUAUAAACUUCACCAUGAGACAGGAGACAAGAUUGUUUUGAUAUCAAACUAUACUCAAACACUUGACUUGAUUGAGAGGAUGUGCAGAGUCAAACGGUAUGGAAAUCUUAGACUUGAUGGAACUAUGAAUAUUAAUAAGAGACAGAAACUAGUUGACAGGUUUAAUGAUCCAGAUGGGAAGGAGUUUAUUUUCUUGUUGAGUUCCAAAGCUGGUGGAUGUGGAAUUAACUUGAUCGGCGCCAAUAGAUUAGUGUUGAUUGAUCCAGAUUGGAAUCCGGCUGCGGACCAACAAGCAUUAGCAAGAGUAUGGAGAGAUGGCCAGAAAAAGGACUGUUUUAUUUACAGAUUCAUUUCUACCGGUACAAUUGAAGAGAAGAUAUUUCAGCGUCAGUCAAUGAAAUUAAGUUUAAGUUCAUGUGUUGUUGAUGAAAAGGUUGACGUUGAAAGACUUUUUAGUGCAGAUAACUUGAAGCAGCUUUUUCAAUUCGAAUCCAAUACCGUUUGUGACACUCAUGACACUUACGGUUGUAAACGGUGUCAAGAUGGAGUACAACUCACCAAUGCUCCUGCUAUGUUAUAUGGAGAUGCCACCACCUGGAACCAUUUGAAUCACGAGAAGUUGAAAGAGAAUCAUGAUGAUUUACUACAAAAUGAAAGCCAAUUCGACGAUAUCAGUUACGUCUUCCAAUACAUUUCCCAUUAA